AUGAAGGUUUUCCUAUGUUUAUUGGCGAUCUGCGCCAUGACUAAUGCGGGAUUUAUGUUCGGUGGAGGGCGUCGUCGCGGUGGCGGGCGUCACGGUGGUGGCCGGCACGGCGGCGUCCGCCACGGUGGUGUCAGGCACGGGGGCGGUCGUCACGUUGGCGGUGGUCACUUUGGCGGCGGUCACUUUGGCGGCGGUCACUUUGGAGGCGGCUUUCACGGUGGUUAUGGAGCUGGUGGUGGUGGUCAUGGCGGCGGUGGUCCUAGUGGAGGUCACGGAGGUGGUCAUGGAGGUGGUCACAGAGUGGGUCAUGGUGGUGGUCACGGAGGUGGACACGAAGGUGGACACGCAGGUGGACACGGAGGUGGUCACGGAGGUGGACACGAAGGUGGACAUGGAGGUGGACAUGGAGGUGGACACGGAGGUGGACAUGGAGGUGGACACGGAGGUGGACACGAAGGUGGACACGGAGGUGGACACGAAGGUGGACAUGGAGGUGGACACGGAGGUGGACACGGAGGCGAACACGGAGGAGAACACGGAGGUGGUCACGGAGGAGAACACGGAGGUGGACAUGAAGUUGGUCAUGAAGGCGGCGAAUAUGGUGUUUACGGAGGUGGUCACGAACGCGGCGAAUAUGGAGGUGAUGGUGCCGUUGAAGUUGUUAGUGGCGAUGGUACAAUCAUUAUUCCUGAAGGAGGUUUCGGCGUUGUUGAUGGCGGUGGCCAAAUCUACAAGAUUAUCACACAAGGAGGCGGUGGUGGAGGUUAUGGCGGUAAUGCUGUUGGCUGGUCCCCCAUGGCUCCGGUGGUUGGUAAUUUACGCACAUUUGUGAUUCCUCCUGUGUUUUAG